GUACCGUAUCCGUAUCUCCGUCUCCUUUUGUCGUCUUUUAGAUUACUCUCAUAAACAAAAUGGCGACAACUGUUGUUCGUGGUAUCGGCUCUGGAUGGAAACUUUCAGGAAGGGUGCUAAAUGUUUUAAAGGGAAGAGAGCUGUUGAUGCCCUUUGCUUCUUAUAAUAAUGUGUCAAUGAGAUUAUAUUCGGAUGAAAAAAAAUCACAUCGCAAGAAGGGGAAGACACCUGCAGGCAAAUUUGAUGACAAAUGGGAAACUGAGGUCGAGGAAACUGUUUCACCAUAUGUAGAACAGGAACCACUAGAGCGCUUCCCUGAUAAUACAAAUCCAACGACUGGGGAGAUUGGUGGACCAAGGGGACCAGAACCCACUCGUUAUGGUGACUGGGAAAGGAAGGGACGAUGUUCAGACUUUUGAUAAAAGAAUGUAUCAAAAAACAUGCAUUUAGACAGAAAGAGGUGCAGAAGUGAUACAUUGUAUGACAGUGAAGUAUGCGGUGAUUUUGAAGGAAUGACAAUAUAUAGAAAGAAUUAUCUUCAGAAGUGAUUUAUGAAGAAAUUGUAUCACUUUUUAUAUAUACAAAAAAAGAAAGUAGAGCCAUUGAGUAGUAAUUUAUACACAAAAAUUGUAGACUUAAUGUUGUACAAUGUAUUACAUAGUUGUUCUUUGUAUAUAUUUAUUUUGCACUGUGUGCAAAAACUAUUUUUCUUUAUUGUUAGAUAUAAUUAAAUAUUUUGGUUAAA